GAGACGAAUUCUCUCAGUCUCGCCUGACUCCUCCACGAAGAAACCACCUGCACACAGGCUGUGUCUGAAGAUCCCACAGGCAAGAGAGCAGAGUGAGAGGUUUCAUCAAAAAUGGCAGAGCGCUAUGACUGCAAUUACUGUAAGGAGCCCCUCUUUGGGAAGAAGUAUGUGCUGAGGGAAGAGAACCCCUACUGUGUGAUGUGCUACGAGAGCCUGUACUCCAACACCUGUGAAGAGUGCAGCAAGCCCAUUGGCUGUAGCAGCAGGGACCUGUCCUACCAAGACCGUCACUGGCACGAAGACUGCUUCCACUGCAUCAAGUGCAGCCGCUCGCUGGUGGACAAGCCCUUCUCCACCAAGGACGACCAGAUGCUGUGCACUGAGUGCUACGCCAAUGAGUACUCAUCCAAGUGCUACGAGUGCCAGAAGACCAUAAUGCCCGGCUCCAGAAAGAUGGUGUACAGGGGGAACAGCUGGCACGAGCUCUGCUUCACAUGCCAGCGCUGCCAGCAGCCAAUUGGCACAAAGAAUUUCAUCAACAAGGAGAACUAUAACUAUUGUGUUCCCUGCUAUGAGAAGCAGUUUGCUCAGCAGUGUAUCCACUGCAAAAAGCCAAUCACCACUGGCGGGGUGACCUAUCGUGACCAGCCCUGGCAUAAGGAUUGCUUCCUGUGCACUGGGUGUAAGGCGCAGUUGUCGGGCCAGCGGUUCACCUCCCGGGAUGAAUUUGCAUACUGUCUGGCCUGCUUCUGCAACCUGUACACUAAAAAGUGCUUCUCCUGCAGCAAGCCGAUCAGUGGUCUGGGUGGAAGCAAGUACAUCUCGUUCGAGGAGCGCCAGUGGCACAAUGACUGCUUCAACUGCACAAAAUGCUCCAUCUCCCUGGUGGGAAGAGGCUUCCUGACCGCCCGCGAUGACAUCAUGUGCCCUGAGUGCGGAAAAGAUGUCUGAGAGCCAAGAGUAAGGAUGGAAGUGACAUCUUUAAUGAGACGUGAAAAGAAAACCAGGCAGCCCCGACAUCCCUAGAAAGCGGAGAUACAGAACAGGCAUAUCACUAACAUUUCAUUUAUUUAAUAGAAUUUUCCUUUUAACCCAGAAGUCUUUGUGCAUGUGCUGUCUUCAGAUUUAUACUUGAUCUGAUGAGUGGAUCAAAACAUUGCAUUACAAUCUCAGAGAAAGUGAGCGAGAGAGAGAGAGAGAGAACUUAAAUGUAUUUUAUGAAUUAAACAACUUACCUUAAACAAACUUCAACACAUGUAUUCUGUUUUAAGUCAGGUUUCUGUGACAUAAAACUAUUUAAUGGAAUUAACAAGAGUCAUCGUUUUUAUUAUUUGUGAAAUGUAUUGAG